AUGAUGACUAAUGUUUCUGUGAUUUCAGUGAUUUUUCUUUCAGGUCUAAAUGAAACAAAGGCUCAUCAGAGAUCAAUUAUUUUCUUUUUCACUUUAAUGUGUUACUGCUUAAUAAUUCUGGUAAAUGUGUUUCUUAUUUUGAUUAUAAUCUUGGACAAUACUCUCCAUGAACCAAUGUACACUUUGCUGUGUGCUUUUUGCAUGAACGGUCUUUAUGGAACAGCAUGUUUUUAUCCUAAGUUUCUGUGGGAUCUGCUCUCUCCUGUUCAUGUCAUCUCUUACUCAGGUUGCCUUUUUCAGGCUCAUGUAGUUUUCUCUUUUGGCUGCUGUGAGCUGUCGAUGCUUGCUCUCAUGGCUUAUGACAGAUAUCUGGCGAUAUGUCAACCACUUAAGUAUCACACUCUCAUGUCAAAACAGAGAGCCAUACAGUUAAUGUGCAUUUUUUGGUUAAUACCUCUUUGCAUUGUUUCUGUGAGUACUUUUCUAACAUCUAGGCUCAAGUUAUGCAGCUCAUCUAUAAACCGACUCUUCUGUGCAAACUGGAGCAUCGUAGCCUUGGCUUGUUUUCCAAAUGAAACUUUUAUAAAUGGGAUAGUUGUGUAUUUUGUAAUAAUAAUUUAUGUACUUCAUGGUGUCUUUAUUGUUUGGUCAUACAUAUAUAUUGUUAAAAGAUGUGCCAAAUCCAUUGAGAACAGGGCAAAAUUCAUGCAAACAUGUGUCCCACAUUUAGUCUCUGUGAUGACUUUUCUUAUAACCACAAUGAUUGACAUUACUUUUAUGCGUCUCGAUUUUCAGGAUAUACCCAAGAAUGUUCAAAACUUUGUUACAAUAGAAUAUCUCUUUUUUCCUCCAAUUAUAAAUCCACUCAUUUAUGGGUUCAAAUUGAACAAAGUUCGAAACAGAAUUUUUAGGUUAUUUGCUUCUGAAAAUAAAUAA